AAGAAAAUGGCCCGGACCAAGAGGACAGCUUGUAAAUCCACGGGUAGGAAAGCGCCCCACAAACAGCUGGUCAUCGAAGCGGCCGGGAAAAGCGACCCCUCUACCAGCGGGAUGACGAGACCUCAUCGCUACAGGCCCGGGACCGUUGCCCUCCGAGAAAUCCGUCCUUACCAGAAAUCCACCCAUUUUCUGAUUCGGAAGCUGCCUUUCCAGAGGUUGGUGAGGGAGAUCGCCCAGGAUUUCAAAACCGACUUGAAGUUCCAGAGUGCCGCCAUCCGCACGCUGCAGGAGGCUAGCGAAGCGUACCUGGUUGUAUUCCUUGAGUCCAAGCAGCAUAGUAAUCUGGCAAGAAUGUACUCCCAGAGUAAGAGCUUUCCAUGGCUUGAAGGGAAAAGGAGACAGCUACAACCCAUGUAA